AAUGAAGUUAAUAGACUACUACAGCAUUGCUAAAAAUAAGCCUCCUGACUUCCACUUUCUCACAUUAUAUUUUCAGGAAGUUUGAAACUUGUUCUUAUUUGGUGAAACAGCCACCAAGCUGGGAGUAAUAAACAUGACACGUCUGUCUGAAUUCUUCAUUUCUCUGUGAAGUUUGAAACUUGUUCUUAUUUGGUGAAACAGCCACCAAGCUGGGAGUAAUAAACAUGACACGUCUGUCUGAAUUCUUCAUUUCUCUGUGUGCAGCCGUUGUCUCUGCACAAUUAUUGAAAAGGCCAGAUAUUCGAGUGAAAUUCCAUAACGCAGCUUCUGCCUUAAUAAAUGUGAGCAUUGAGUGUCGAUGGAAGGAGUACCGCUAUACGUUUUGCACAUUCGACAGAAAUGAAAACACAGUCGCUUAUUUAUCGAAUUCCUACUCUUCUCCAUCUGGUAUUCUGUAUGCCAUUUCUAAUGUUACAAAGAAACAUGAAGGAUUUUACAGUUGUGAAUGUUCUGUACCAAAUCGUACCAUUACUGAAACAAGUUUUCGAGUACCUUUAAUCCUUUCUGAAAAACUGGAAGAGCCAGAAAUAAAAAUGGAAGAAAAUGGGACUAUCGUUGCAUGUGCCAGUAAAAACAACAGAUAUAAAUACAGAUUAUGUAUUCUGUAUCAAAAUGGUCAGCAAAUACAAGACAGCGGUGGAAAAUAUAAUGAAAAUCAUGCUGGGAGAAUUGUAUUUUCCAUCUCUGAUGUUCCAAAUGGGAAUUACUUCAACUGCUUGUGUUACACAGCUGAACCAUCAGGGUGGACCAAAAUCAGCUCUUCCGUCAUUAAAGGAGAAAAGCGAGGUGCUCUUCGUGUCGAAACUAUCAUCAAGAUAUGUAUCUGUGCCAUAGAAAUCCCACUGAUGAUUAUUUUUGUUGUGGACUCAAUAUGUAGCAAGAGAAAAAAAUGAAGCAACUGAAAAGGAUUCAGACAGAAUAAACAGUCCAGCAAUAAUGGUGUUUCUAACUCAAUGGAUUUACUUCCUCAUAAUUUGUGAUCCUUGUGUUAACUUGAUAUGCUUAACAGUGAACGGUUAUACAUGGACUGUAAAACUUAAACAUUUUUUUUUUGCAUAAGUGAUUCAUUCAUAUUCCUCCCUGUAAAGUUUAUGAAUUGUGUUGCAGCUGCAACUAUAUAAGGCAUUGCUCUGCUAUUGUACAGCAGUGUUCUCCUGAAAAAUAGUGGAAGACAUGUCUUUACCAUUGCAUGUCUGCUUAAAAUUAAGCAAAAAAUUAAAGAGGGCCUUAUGCAUGACAUAACACAUGCCAAGCAUUACUAAUGAGAAAAUAAAGUCUUGAAUUAUA